GGGGCUAGCACCAGCAUCUCUUCCCCAAUUGGUGGUGUGAGUGGAAGGGGAGGGGCUGAAGGGAGUACAGGCAGAGAGCUAGAGAGAGAGAGAGAGAGAGAGGGGUGAGAGCUUAGCGUUAGGUUGGGAGGGAAUGCCCACUAGAUGCGGCUGCUGAUAAUAGCGCGUAUCAGCACCAGAGCAGUGACUGAGAGUGCAGACAGAGAGAGGAGGAGAGGAGCAAGGAACAUCAUGCUCUGCCAGAGACUGGUUAAAUCACAGCAGCGUGAUUGAUUCAGGCAAACGAGUAUAAAAAAAAUAAAUAAAGAGAGCUCUAGAGAGUCUCACGGAGCACAGAAUCCUGAGAGGAGAACAGGGGUGGAAGUUAGAAGGCUGUGGGAACUCAUCAGCUCCUCGUGGAAAGGCAGAGCUGAGGUCAGCAGGCAGGAGCGUGGGAUCGAGCAGCAGCUGAACCAAGUCGGACAUUACUUGGGCUAGGACCCUCUUAGCGGAGUAACGAGGGGCAUAGGGUGAAGAAAUACUGCUGAAACUUCACUUACACUCAAUGCACACCUGCUCGUGGGAGUAACGCUUCUGGAUAAUACAGCAAGGGUACAGGGCAAGCUGCCACAUCCACUAGAGCGAUUUUGCAAAGCCACUGUCUGAUUGACUUAAUCCUGAUCUUUUGUGUGAAAGAGAAAGACUAGCACUUUUUGGAACACUAGUGUGCAAGUUCAAGGUUCUGUUCAAGGGCUAUUCUGAGAGACAUGAUAGAGAAUGAAAUAAAGAAUGCGCCUUCCAUUCUAGAGCAUGGAGAAGUCAAGUAGUGAGGAAUCCGCCAUUCACCGUAGCCCCUCUGUGGACAGCCGCGACUCAGACUUUGCCCAAGCCUCCACCUCCGGACGGCCGUUCGGAGGACGAGGCUUUAACGCGGGUGCUUUUUACGGGUCCACUGGCCCCUGUGCACAAACCUCUGCUCAGAGUGGGGCAGCCAUCGACGACAAAGGCAACAAUAAGUACAAGUCUCCUAAAGGCAGCAAAUACGUGGUCUUUUAUCUGGAUCUAUCCUUUGUGUUCCUUCUAGAGUUCAAGAAGUGCAACAUGGCUAGAGGCUGCCUGUGCUGUCUGAAAUACACGAUGUUCGUCUUCAACCUCAUCUUCUGGUUGUGUGGCUGUGGGCUACUUGGAGUUGGAAUCUGGCUGUCUGUGUCUCAAGGCAGCUUCGCCACCUUCUCCCCCUCCUUCCCCUCUCUCUCCGCUGCCAACAUGGUCAUCGCCAUAGGCGCCAUCGUCAUGGUGACGGGCUUCCUCGGUUGCCUGGGCGCCAUCAAGGAAAACAAGUGCCUGCUUCUGACCUUCUUCAUUGUCUUGCUGAUUAUUCUGCUGGCUGAGCUGAUUUUGCUCAUUCUUUUCUUCGUCUACUCUGAUAAGGUCAGUGAGAAUGCAAAGCAGGACCUGAAAGAUGGUCUUGCUCUCUACAAUGCAGACAACAACAUUGGGCUGAGAAAUGCCUGGAAUAUCAUCCAAGCCGAGUGGAAGUGUUGUGGUGUAACGGGUUACACAGAUUGGCACGAGGCUCUGAAAGAAAAGGUGGUGCCCGACCGCUGCUGUCAAGAGCAUUAUCAGGAGUGUGGCCGCAACUCCACCAACAUGUUCUGGACACGGGGAUGUUACGAGAAGGUUGAAGAGUGGCUUGAAGAUAAUAAGCACCUACUCGGAACCAUCGGCAUGUGUAUCUUGGUAGUUCAGCUCCUAGGAAUGGCCUUUUCCAUGACACUGUUCCAUCAGAUCCACAGAAGCGGGAAGAAGUAUGAUGCUUAACAAGGCCGUUUCUCAAGGGAGGAGCCCUGGUGCAUUAUGGGACAGACUCUGGAGGACAGCUCCUCCUCUUGUAUCUAACUUUCCCACUGGUCAACCCCUCUUCCCAUUAAUUCCCCAGCUUAUACCUUACCAUCCUGUAUAGACUUCAGUCAUGGUCUUUCUCUUUUCCACUCUUUUCCCCCAUCUGCUCAUCUGCCAAAGAGACCCGGGGACAGAGAGGAACUAGAGGACCGACUCUUGGCCAGCAUCCUCCCCAUGAGGCCUCUGACUUGCUUCAUCUCCUCUAGAACCUAUAUUUUAAGCUUGAACUAACUAACCUUUGCAGGAAGGAGAAUAAUGACAACAAACUGUGUGGCUUUACUAAUACGUAAAUCCUUCCACCCAACAUACAGGAUGAUGAGAAGACAUCAGACUGAUAACCUUCAGGGUGGGAUGAAUUUGAAAAGCAUCACCAUCUACCAUCUACAGUGUAAAUGACAUACAGUUUCAUUUUAGCAUGAUGCGGUUUUGUACAAGACAGAAAACUGUCAUUUUGGCUCAAGAAUUUUUUUGUUUGUUUGUUUUUAUAUGUGACUUUGCCCCAACCCCAUAAUUGUCAUUUUUGUGCAAGGAUUGGAAGAAGCCUGUACAAAGAGUUAAAGGUAUGGCCAGGAAUUUGAGCUUGUCUGAGUGUGUUGGUAAUCAAGCCUUUUCUUAUGUUUAAAGGUUUGUGAUUUGUGGACGCAUCAAAACGUGCUGAAAGUUUCACUCUAAUGAGAACCAUCACAAUCUAAUGUCAGUAUAAUUCAUCAAACAGGGACUGUUUUACCUUAUACAGAUGGUCUAAUUAGCCAGCCGUGCAUAUAGAUGCAAAAAAAAUCCUCUGUUAACCACUAAAAGGUAAUUUUAACCAAACUGCUACUGAAAGUUUUUAUAGAAGAAGAUGAUGGAAGGUUACAAAAGUAAGUAAACCAGGCAUGUAUAAAAGGCAGAGCUUUGUGAGUUUGACCAUUUCCCCACAUUUUGUUCAUUGAUUUCAAGUCUGUACCCUAAAAAUCGUUAAGACAAAGCCUAAUGAUACAGAUUCCACCUAGUUCAUGUUAGCAUAUCUCCCCAGGACAGUAACGUUUAUGUUUUUGGGAAAUUAAUUUACUCCCCUUUCUUCCAUGGAACAUAAAAGGAAAUAGUUUGAAGAAUUUUGCUCUUUGCUGUUCAACAAAAGCAGACCUGAUGCUUUCAAACUUUUAAAGGAGGGGGGGAAAAUAGUGUAAUAAUAAAGCAUAUGAUUUAGUUUGGUGCUCUACGUUAUAUUUCAAGUUUUCUCCAGUUUCUUCAAUUCGAAACAUCCUUGCUUGCUUCGGAACAGGCAACCCUCCACCAGCUCUCAUUUGUGCAUAUGCAUAUUCAGACUUUGUGUAUAAAUCUGUAUUUCAUCAGGUUUUAUGGUACUGUCAGUAUCUUACUUUUAAUAUGUAAAUGUGCUGAGCUGCAAGAUGGUCAUUUAUAGAACUUUGUGAUUGAUGGGCUUUCUUAUUCUGCAGCAUGUUCUGACCUUUCCGACAAGUUCUGUGGGCACAUAUUACAUGUGGGCUAGAUAAUGGCUUAAAUUGGUGGUCUGUUGUCCUUUUGUGUCCUACGGAAGAAAAUCACAGGGUACAGAGUGACAUGAGGUGACAUGUCUUUUUGACUGAACCGUUUCUUUAAAGUAUCCUUAGCAGGAAAUCUAGCACUAAUGCCAACCCAACAGAACUGUGAAAACUGUCAGUAAUGCUUCAUUGCAAGAUAUAAGUCAAGUAUUACAGUUAAAUUGUAUACAGUACAGCAGAGCAGAACCAAACACAAGCACAGUCAUAGUGUAAGUUAUAGUAGACCAUAAUCCACCAGCCAUAACUCAUCUUAAGAAAAGCGUCUGCAGUGUUUCUGUUUCGGCACACCUCAGCUUUAUAUCCUGGGCUGUUUUUCUGGGUCUCUCUGCUCUUUUCUGCCUCCAUCUGUCUUUUAGUUUCAAGCAUUUGGCUGUAACGGUUACAUUCCUGCUGAAUGAGGUGAUAAUGCUUCUGUAUCACACAGCCUAAAGGGACUUGGUUCAAAAGAAACGCAUCUUGACAAGGAAGUUUUGAAGUGAGAGUGUGUUUACCAGCAGAUGGUUUUUAGGGGUUUAAAAUCACUUAGCAAUAGAUGGGGCGUGAUGAUGGCUGAGAGACAGCCAGAGUGGGGUCAUCUGAUGGUCUCCAAUCCAGACUGUCACUGAGACUACUUGCUGUCCCUUAAGAGCUCGCCCUGUGCGCGUUGCUUAUGUGUGACCGAGAGGGACGUUAUAGAGCACUCGAGAAAAAUAAUAACACCUCUCAUCCUAUCAAACACUCACUGACACACAAUCUCUGUUUACUGUAUUUUAGAAAAAGUGCUUUAUAUUAAGAAACAGUUGGGACCAGAAGCGACAGCUACUUCUAACGUUCAUCCUGUGUUGAAAUGGAGGGGAAAGAGUGCUUCUGCUCUGGAUGAGUGUAGGAACUCUGUCACUGAACACUGCUGCUAUAAGAGCAACCUGAGGUUAUUACGAUAGUGGAAAAAGUAAAAGACUGAGAGACUGCAGACUCAAUUAACUCACACUCUUGCCUGCAAGCAUUUAAAGUCAACAUGAAGCCAAAAUGUACCCUGUUUACUUUUUUGACCUUUUCUUCCCCCGGUCUUACAUUAGCCAACUAAACAUAAUAUUAAAUGUAUAAUCAAUUCAUUAUGUUAUUUAUUUAUUUUUCUUUACAUAUAUACACACAGGUGUAUUAUAUAUAUAUUGUUAAAUGAUUGCAUUUAUAAAAGAACCCCAGUUUAGCUUACUACAUUAGGUUAUGCAGCCAUUCUUACAUUUUACCAAUAGUAAAAGUGUUCAAUUAAUGUUGGUUAAGAGUGUUUCAUGUUGGCUUUAAUGCAUUUGUUGUUAAUGUGGCAUUUGUAUCAGGAGGCCUGAAAUCUACAGCAUUUUUCAAUCAAUUCUGCAUGUUCACCAUCGCUAACAAACCAAAACAAUGCAAGCUAAUUUUCUAAUACACAAUUAGACAGUCUACACAGUCAACAUUAUUACCAUCAUAAAUGAAAAUGUUUGUGUGUGUGUCACGCCUGGUGGUGUGGCUUCAAACCCAUUUUUGCUUCAAGAACACUGUGGAGUUAGUCAAUACUAGCUCUGAUUAGGUUUGUGCUCAGUGUACUGUCUCUAACCCCACCGCACUGAACUUCAGUGACGUGUCCCAACCCUCUUAUCUGACUGAUUUACACACUUUAGUUGUAAAAUUGCAUCCUGUGAACUAAUCCAACAUGAAAGUUUUCCAAGGUUUAAGAGUUUGGAAAGAUUUUUGGUCCUUGUUCCAAUGUUUUUCAUUUUUUGAAAGAUGUACUUAAAUCCGUCUCUUACUGUUAUUCGUAUUUUUCAAAAAGUAUAUACUGAUGUAUAUACGAUACCCAGUUUUCCAUUAUAUUUUUCCACUUUUAUAGACUAUAUUGUGUAUUUAAAUCUGAAAUUGUCAGAUGUUGAGUUGUUAGUGUUGAAGGACACUGUCAUGUUGAACAACCAACAACAGUUUGGCAUUAGCAAUUUUCAUUGAACCGUUUUUUUUUUUUUUUUUUGUUUUUUU